UCGAAGUCAUUUGAUUGAGCGUCAAGAAAUUUUCAUCUGGCGUUCAAAGAUUUACAAGAUUUUGUUUUAUAAAUAAAGCAUAAUAUUUUAAGUGGAAAUUUCUACAAACGUGUUUAGAAUAUAUUUUGUGAUCCUCUUUGAACGAUGUCUAUUCAGAUUCAGGAAAAGACACUUGAUUGCAUUUGACGACAAGCGUCUUGUUUAAAGCGAUAAAUAGGUACUUAUUUCUUGUGCGUACUGAUAUUCAAGAAUCAAUAAAAGAAAUAAAAGAAAAUUUAAGAAGAGUUUAUUCACUUAACAGAUAACUAUGAUCAUCACUUUAUUGAUAUUAUGCUUUGUUCUUUUAUUACUGUACGAUUAUUUUCAACGUUAUGGAAAAUUCGGACAAUAUAUCAAUCGAAUACCUGGAAACACAUCACUUCCAAUAAUCGGCAAUGGUUUGGAGAUAUUUGCUCGUCCGUUAGUGUGCAUCAGGAAGUAUUACGAUAAAUUAUCGAACACAUAUUAUCCUAUUUUUAAGUUUUGGCUUUUUCAUUUGGCAUUUAUCGGCAUUCGUCACCCAGACGAUGUAGAGAUAAUAUUAAGCAACUCAAAACAGCAUCUACAGAAAGGAUUUCUAUACACGUUUUUGUAUCCUUGGUUGAGAACUGGUCUACUUACUAGCGAAGGAGCAAAGUGGCAUAAAAGGCGAAAGAUACUAACUCCAGCAUUUCAUUUCAAUAUGUUAAAGCAAUUUGUUGAUGUUUUCAUUGAGGAAGGCAAUUAUAUGACGCAAUGUUUGAAGGGCAACGAAGAAUUGAUUGUUAACGAUUUAAUCUCUUUUGUUAGUCAACAUACAUUGAAUGCAAUAUGUGAAACUGCCAUGGGAACUUCUUUGAAGAAUGUGGGUGAAUUCCAACAACAAUAUCGUGAAGCAGUCCAUGAGAUGGGUAAAUUUAUUUCAAAGAGAGUGUUGAGACCGUGGUAUUAUCCUGAUAUGAUAUUUUCUUUCUCGUCAAUGGGUAGAAUGCAAGCUAAGUGUUUAAAAAUAUUGCACGGUUUUACCGAAAAAAUUAUUGCUGAAAGAAAACAAUAUCAUGAAAGUACGAAUAGGCGAUAUUUGAAACAAUUUGAAAAUGAUUCAAUAAACAAUGACGAAGAAGUAAUAGGAAAUCGGAAAAAACGAUUAGCAAUGUUGGACCUUCUCAUAGCGGCACACUACAAUAACGAGUUAAAUGAUUUGGACAUCAGAGAAGAAGUUGAUACUUUUAUGUUUGAGGGUCACGAUACUGUAGCAAUGGGUAUGACCUUCGCCAUAUUGUUAUUAGCUGAGCAUAAAGAUAUACAAGAUCGUGUCAGGAGUGAAGUCAAUGCAGUAAUGAAAGAAAAUGAUGGAAAACUUACUAUGUCAGCAUUAAACAAUAUGCCCUAUUUGGAAAGAUGUUUGAAAGAAUCGUUGAGAUUAUAUCCUAGUGUUCCUAUAAUAACGCGAGUUAUAUCAGAAGAUGUAAAGUUACAAUCAUAUAUGGUGCCUUCUGGAGCAAUAUUACAUAUCUCUAUAAAAAAUGUUCAAAGAGAUCCUAAUUUUUGGCCAAACCCAGACGUUUUUGAUCCAGAUAGAUUUUUACCAGAAAAUUGUCAAAAUCGUCAUCCUUUUUCUUAUAUACCUUUUAGCGCAGGAUCACGCAAUUGUAUAGGUCAACGAUUUGCCAUGUUCGAAUUGAAGGCUUUGAUAGCCCCAUUGGUCCACAACUUUUAUUUCGAACCCAUCGAUUAUUUGAAAGAUCUCCAACUCCCGAUGGAUAUAAUACUAAGAGUUGAACAUCCGAUUCGGUUAAAAUUUAUUCCAAUCAAAUACAUAUAGCUAUUCGCACAACAUAUAUAAUUUUAUCUAUGUUUUUAUAAUUUUAUCUAUGUUUGUAUUAGUUAGUUAAUAUUAAGCAAGACAAUACCGUGUGUUCUUUUUUCUUAUUUAGGGAUUAACUCUGGCAAAGUCGAUUUUCUAUUAAGAUAUCGCCAGAACGCUGCCAUUUAUUUUUCAAUUUUGUAUUUUUUUGAUUUUUAAUGAACUGCUCAUUUUCGUAAAAUUACCUUUGAUUCUUACAGAGAGGUUAUAUAAAAAUUUUUCCUUGACAUGGACAUUUAAUCAUAGAUUAAAUAUAGAUUAAUUA